CGUGCGUUCCAAGAGGUAUUGACGGGACCCCUAGCCAAAUCAGGCAGUAGGUGUGCUCAAGCUGUAAUAAUUGAGCAUUAAUCUGUUUCAACUUUACUUAAUAAUGCUUGUUUUGUUAAACAGUCAACAAUAUUAAGGUCGUUUUCGAGGGGUAUGUAUCAUGUUGUUGUCUUUCCAUUGAUUGACUUGGAGGUGAUGCUAGCUCAAUGUGCUAUCUAACGUUAGCUGCGCCGUUAGUUAGCAUAUCUAGCUAACUAGCUAUGAAUUAAGUCUCAGCCAUGAAACCAGUUGUCAAAAAUAUUAUCUAGCUGGCUGGCCUGCUGUUGAAGCUUGCUAGCUCUCACAUUAACAUACUACCACGAGUUUUGCUUAUCUAACUUGUAGUCUUGGAUAUAUCCUAAUUGUGUCUGGCAAAGGCACCAACAACACAUAGGCAGCAUGCAAGUUUGCAAGCUAAUGGUUGCUGGCUAAUUAUGUCUGACAGCCUGAUUUGAGUUUUAACAGCAGCUGUAAGGAAAGCUGUCAUACAAUUCUACCUCUGAAUUAAUAACAAUAAUCUUCUUUGUUGUCAAGCUAGAUAUUGCUCCUCUGCCUGUUAACUAGCUAAGGCCAAGGUAUGACAUGCCAAAUGUCCCAGUUUAGAACCUCACGUUGCCCAAUAAUUGACUAAAGGAGCCUAACGUUACUCCUUAUAGUCCAAGGACCUUACAUGUUCUAUUUAGAGUCGAAUUUGCUCUGGCAGCCAAAACAGCCAAAUACUCCAUCUAAACGUGAAUCGAUUCUCAAUUGCGGUACGGUUCUAGUAGAAACAUAUAGCCCUCUAGCUUUGGAACACAACAUAGGGAGUCUGUUUAUUGGUUGGACUCGCUGAGUUGUGCAUCUUUCUGGUGGCUGGCGACAGAAAAUAACCCUACCGGCUUCACCAUAAAACGUUUCCAGUCAACAAAGGCAUAUGUAUAAUCUUUAGGAACUCUAUUUACCAGAUGUAAAGUGAAAUGUGUCCUUCGCUAUCAAAUAAACGUCUGAAUCCAGCUUUUGUCCGAACAACACCAUCUGAAUCCAACUUUUGUCCGAACAACACCAUUUUCCUGUUGUUAAACGGCGGGCUGCCAUUAAAUCAAAUCACAUUUUAUUGGUUGUAUACUCAUAUUUAGCAGAUGUUAUUGCGGGUGUAGCGAAAUGCUUGUGUUCCUAGCUCCAGCAGUGCAGUAAUAUCUAACAAUUCACAAGAAUACACACAGAUCUAAAAGUAAAAUAAUGGAAUUAUAAAAUAUAUAAAUAUUAGGACGAGCAAUGUCGGAGUCUGGUGUGUGUGAUGGGAUGUAUAGACAUUAUGGACAGUGUGGAUAGAAUAUUUAGUAUAUCUGUAGAAUACAUAGGAUAGAAUAGUGUGUAUAUAUACAGCAAUAGUUGAAUAUGAUGGCAUUGAAUAGAAUACACUAUAUACAUAUGAAAUGAGUAAAACAGUAUGUAAACAUUAUUAAAGUGACCAGUGAUUCCAUGUCUAUGUACAUAGGGCAGCAGCCUCUAGGGUGCAGGGUUGAGUAACCGGGUGGUAGCUGGCUAGUGACAGUGACUAAAUUCAGGGCAGGGUACUGGGUGGAGGCUGCUAGUGAUGGCUAUUUAACAGUCUGAUGGCCUUGAGACAGAAGCUGUUUUUUUUAGUCACUCCGUCCCAGCUUUGAUGCACCUGUACUGACAUUAGACCCCGCACGUCACGCGAUACUUCCUACCUCAAAAUCUACCACUGUCUACACAGCAGGUGGUGCAGUUCUGACAAAAGUUGGAUUCAGACGUUUAUUUCAUAGUGAGGGUCACAUUUCACUUUACGUCUUCCAUCUGUUUUCUGUAAACAAGCGCUCUAAAAUUGAAAUAUGGCCGUGUGGGAACCCUAUCUCUAAAAUGGUGUGUAGUAAUUUAACCUUUUUGUUUUUUGGAGAGAAAACAAUUCUAGCUGAUAUGAAAGAUAUGUUACUUAUGUUUCCAAAACUGGCUGAGAGAACAUUUUAGUUUUAAAGCUAAUUUCCUGAAAUUUUACAUGUUUUGCCAUUGGGCUGAGAGAGAAUUUGCAGUUUUAUAGCUAAUUUCCUGCAAUUCUACACUUUGCCAUGGCUUAUGCUGUGUUCUUAUGCUAUCUGAAUGACUCAAACAUUAUAACAAAAUCAAUGGGGGCCACCAUGCCAUGAUAUAUUUGGAAUUUUAGAUUGACUGUCUAGUUUUUAUUAUGGUGGUUGUUAGUUCUCAAAGAUGAUCUUAUAAAAAAAUAUAUAGCUCCAUUAUCUUUUUAUCUCCAGCAUCUGUUUUCAGUGCUUUGACAAUGUAUGUUUGCUGUCGUCAGACCAAUCCAUUGUCCAGGGUCCAGGAUCUUGACUAAGCCAAGUUGUCUAUGGUGAAAGACUGAUUGUCUAUGAUUCUCACUUUUCGUUCGAUUUGAAGGCAUACUUUACCCAAUUAACCUUUUUUCACCUAUGUGUUCAGAUAAUCUGUCAUGGCUACUACUGAGAAUGCAGAGACGUGUUCACCAGAAAACAAGAGAGACCAUCAUGGGAGUGCUGACCCGGACACAAAGUACCCAAUGAAAGUCCAGUAUUGUGGAGGUAAGUACUACGUAGUAGAAGGUAGUAUCCGGGCAGCGUCCAAAAUGGCACCCUAUUCUAGUGAUCUAUACAUGAUCAUGGCCAAUUCCUAAAACAUUGUUUUGCAAUGUCACAUGAUUGUCAAGGUCUAACACUUCAUGUCUUUUUUCCAGUGUGCUCCUUGCCAACAGAGUACUGUGAGUACAUGCCUGAGCCGUCCAAAUGCAGACAGUGGCUGGAGAAGAACUUCCCAGAUGUGUUUGCCAGGAUGAGUGUAGGUGAGUUCCAUCAGACAGUCUCUUGUUCUUUCUCUCUCUCUGUUUCCUAUCAGGAAGAUGGGCAAUAAUGAAUGCUGUCGUAUUAAAAUACACUUUUUUUCUUCUGCCUUACUGGUCCGGUAGGAAAUGCUCCCAAGCAGGACACCGGCGGUGUAGAGGCGCCCCCUGUUGGAGAGGAGGAUGAGAAGAAGAAGCAGAAGAGAGGUCCGAGUUCCUCUUCAUUUUCAGUUUUGAAUUCUUAAAUGCAUCCUUCCUCCUCAAAUCCUAACCCAGUGUUUCCCAGCACAACCUUCAGGGACCCCCCAGCCUUUGUACAUACUUGCUCUAUUCCAGACUAAAUCACCAAGAUUAAUUGGUUGAAUCAGGUGUGUUUAGUGCUGAAAUAGAACAAAUGUGCAACGGCUAGUGGGUGUCUGAGGACUGGCAUUGGAGACCCCUGUUCUAACCUGUCUGUGCCGACUCUAGGUGGCAGAGGACAGAUCAAACAGAAAAAGAAGACUGUCCCUCAGAAAAUAACGAUAGCUAAAAUCCCCCGUGCCAAGAAGAAAUAUGUCACACGAGUCUGUGGAAUGAACACCUUUGGUAAGACUGCUGACUGUGUCACACACUGUUACUGUAACCACCUUGUUAAAUACAUGGACAGACCCAUAACCUUGUUUUUCUAUCUUGUGACUGUGGACUUCCUCCCUGCAGAAAUUGACCUUAAAGAGGCUCAGAGAUUCUUUGCCCAGAAGUUCUCCUGCGGAGCCUCGGUGACUGCAGAGGAUGAAAUCAUCAUUCAGGGAGAUUUUACAGAUGACAUCAUCGAUGUCAUUCAGGAAAAGUGGCCUGAGGUAAGACGGCUGCGUUUACUCUUCCACACCAAAUAGAUGGCUGAAAAAAGUUAGUUACAGGAAAUAGACGAGUAGUCUGUGUGUACCUCAAUGAGACAUUAUACACACACACUCUAACCAUCUGUGUGUCUCUCCAUUGUAGGUGGAUGACGACAGCAUUGAUGAUCUUGGAGAAGUCAAGAAGUGAAGACCCGACGUGCACUUUUACUGAAAAUGGAUGCAACAUGUAACAACAACCUGGCCAAAUGUACACAUUAACAUUAAAAAGGAGUCGUUUUAUAUCUAUUUUAUUUACUGUAUAGAAACUGUGGACUCGGCCAUCCUCCUUGGCAUUUUUCAGUUCUUGAUAGCUGCUCUCUCUCUCGGUUGCCAAAGGUCUGGUCUGAUGAAGUGAAUCCUUCCAAAACGCUUUUCACUCAGCAACAUUUUAGGGUAAUAAAUGUCGGUCUCAUUCACUUGUUCAUUCUUUAGUCCUUCUUUCAAACCGCUCUUCAUCAUCCCACUCUGUAAGUACCUGUCUCACUGUACUGUCUGCAAUGGACAGUGCAUUCGGAAAGUAUUCA